AUGUCUAAGUUGAGAACAGAGAAAUCCAAUAAUUUAGAGGCGGUGAUCUCGGAGAUCAAACCAUACUACUCGGAAUCAACAAGAGAAAGUCGUUGGACGGACUUCAAGGAUUCGUUCAAAAGACAGGUACCAGAAGGUGAGUCCAAGGGGUCCAGUGGAACCCAAAUGCAGAAGUCCAUCAGCAAAAGACAUUUGAGACUAAUGGCAUUAUCGACUGGUCUCGGUACUGGGUUAUUGGUGGCAGCCGGAGCAAAAUUAGCUACUGCGGGUCCGUUAUUUCUUCUUGUCGGAUACGCUGUGGUGGGCUAUUUCAUGUUGAUUCCCUGUAUAAAUGCGGUUGGAGAAUUGUCGGUCGCUUAUAAUGAUUUACCAGGUGGAUUUCAGUCAUACUAUAGAAAGUUUAUGGACGAAAGUAUUGCAUUCGCGGUCGGUUGGAAUUAUUGUUUCCAAUGGGCUACAGUCAUCUCGUUGGAACUUGUGACUGCCGGGAUGACCAUAAGGUUUUGGACAACGUCUAUUAACCCCGAUAUUUUCGUGUUGAUAUUCCUCAUAGUGGUUGUGCUCAUUAAUUUGGCAGGAGCCAAAGGUUACGGGGAAGCGGAAUUCUAUAUGAAUAGUGUUAAGUUGCUCAUGUUGGGAGGUUUCAUUAUCUUUGGUAUUAUCAUUGAUUGUGGUGGUGGGCCCGCAGGGUACAUUGGGGGAAGAUACUGGCAUAAUCCGGGUGCAUACACUAGUUUUAAGGGAUUGUGUAGUGUUUUCGUCACCUCAGCAUUCUCAUUAGGUGGGACCGAAUUCAUCUCAUUGUCAGCUGCAGAACAGGAAAACCCAAGACAAUCUAUUCCUGCUGCUUGUAAGUUGGUAUUUUUCAGAAUCACCGUUUUUUUCCUUGGUUCGUUGGCAUUGGUCGGAUUGUUGGUUCCAUACAACUCCGACAGGUUAAUGGGGUCUGGUGAGUCCGGUACGUCCCCAUAUGUGAUUGCUGCCCAAAUGCACGGAGUCAAAGUUAUUCCUCAUAUCUUCAAUGCCGUUAUAUUGGUGUCGGUCACGUCUGUGGCGACUGCCGCAAUGUAUUCGUCCACGCGGUUGUUGCAAUCGUUGGCCGAGCAGGGUUACGCCCCCAAAUACCUCAACUACAUUGAUCGUGCCGGUAGACCAUUGAGAUGCUGGAUUAUCACUAUCUUCUCAUCUUUUUUUGCAUUCAUUGCUACCUACAAAGACCAAGAAGCCGUCUUCACCUGGUUGUUGUCGAUCUCAGCCUUAAGUUUCAUCUUCACAUGGGCCAGUAUUGAUAUCUGCCACAUUAGAUUCAGAGCCGCGUUGAAGUACAACAACAUACCGUUGAGUUCAUUGGGUUACGUCUCUAGUACCGGUACCAUCGGCUCCUACAUUUCCUUCAUCCUCAACAUUUUAAUUCUAGUUUGUCAGUUCUGGGUCUCGUUGUUCCCUAUUGGCGGUGACGGGUCUCCUAACGCUCUCUCAUUCUUCCAAAAUUACUUGGGUGCUGUUGUUUUACUAGUUUUCUACGUUGGUCAUAAGCUCUACACCAGAAACUGGAGCUUAUAUAUCAAGGUGCAAGAUAUUGAUAUCGAUGCCGAUAGGACCAUCUACGAUCCCGAAAUUUUGGAAUUGGAAAAUCUUGAAAGCAAGCAACGCUUUAAAAGGGCGCCCUUCUGGAAGAAAAUCUUGAUUUACUGCUUCGAUUAG